GCUGAGUGGCUGUUUGCUAAUUCUCAAUUGCAGAACUGAAAUAUUGCAAGUUUGCAGGAUAUCAGAGAAUUUUUACAAUUUGAAAAAGGAAAUGUUCUUUUUGGUCUGAAUGGUUUGUGGAAGGGGGGAGCCGCUUAUAUUGUGCUCGUCAUAAAUUCCUCUAACUCCUCGGAGGGGGAGGUGAAAACCACUUGUGAUUUCCUGCCCUGUGUGUAAAAUACAAAAGAAGUGAGAAGGUGGGCUACAGACCAUGUUUGGAACAGCAGCGAAAUGAAGAGUGAAAUGCGCCCAGUGCACUUCGUAAUCCUAUGUCUGCUGGCAGCCUGCGCAGAAUCCUCUGAGUCAGAGGGGUGUAAGGAUUGUUACCGGAUUGACACGGCGACUUUGGUGGGUGUCGUGGUCGGAGACAUCCUCUUAACGGUCAUAAUCAUCCUGGUCGUAUAUUAUUGCACCAAGCGGACUUUCCAGAAGCGCAACUCUGUGGAUAAUCAGAAGAUUUAUAUUAAUAUGCCCAUGAAAAAAACAUAACUUCAGCCGUCUGCGUCGUAGGCUCCAUUUGACACCACCAAUGAGUUUCAUUCUGGAAUAUUCCUUAAACAGACUGCUAGGGAGUCCCCCAGAGUGUGACGGAUCCACAUUUCUACUUACUAAUCCACCGAAUACCCUGAAAAACACAGUCCACGGCACAGAACAGAACCCUGUUGGCUUGAAUGGGCUUCUGAGCUUCAGAACUAUAAGAACGUGUGGACUUGAUCGCUUCCCUACUGCCAGUUCUCUUACUCAUUACUGUGGAUUUCUGUAUAUUUACUAUGGACAUGAGGGCAUUUCUACAUCAGCGAGAAGGUGUCCCUUGCCAAGCAAAACAAGCAUGUCGCCAUAUUCAUGAAUAUUUGGCCACUGUUAUCUAGUGUCUGUGGGGUGUUACAUUAUCAAAACAAUAACAAUUACCCUUGCACAGAACAACUUGUCCUGGGAUUGUAUAUAGGAAAAUAUAGUGAAUGCAAGUUUUUCAGACAUUUUCUGAAAAGUCCCCUUGAUGGUCCCUCAUAAGCCCAAAGUUAUAGAUAUAUUAAAACAUUGUUGUAUUUAUAAUACUGUUUAGGCAGAAGAAAAUCUAGGCUAGAGUGGUUAUUCCAAACCUUAUUAUAACUGUCUUUAGGCUUACCAACCCCUCUAACCUUCACUGUUAAGGAACAAUUGGCUAACUAAACCCCUCUUACCCGCACUGUAACCGGUAUUCAGGCUGACCAGUCCCUCUAACCCUAACUAUAACCAGCCUAUAGGAUGAUUACCCCACUAUACCCCCAUUGCAACUAGGGAUGUCGCGGACUGUUCGCCCGCGAACUAAUUCGCGCGAACAUCGACCGUUCGCGUCCGCCGAAUGU